UAAGCUCUAAAUUAGGCUUUGACACAUGUGAUGGUGUUCACGUACUCAGACUCUCCCCUUUCAUCUGAUAUGAAGUGCGCGCUCGGCACUUCUGCUUCACUCGACUCGAUGGCAGAAUCUCAAGGAAAUCAGGCUGCAGAACAGACCUCUGGAGAACAAACCAUCAGAAAUGAUCCACAAAGGCGUCCAGAUGAAACAAGUGGAUGCAUGGAGCUGCCCAGAGAGCUCAGGAAGCCCCGCAGUAACCGGGCAAAAUCUAAAGAACACAAACGACUAAACACACACAAACUAGUCUUGCAAUACAUCGUCCCGUGCAUGAACACCUACGGUUUGUGUAUAGCUGAUCAUUUUCUAGGGGAAAGAAUCGGAGAGCGCGUUGUGCAGGAGGUGAAGCGCAUUCAUCAGAGUGGUAACAUGCAGGAUGGACAGUUAGUGAGCCAAAAACUAAACAAAAGCAAAUCUAUUCGAGCGGACAAGAUUGCAUGGGUCGAUGGCACCGAAAGCGGAUGCCAAAACAUUGGCUAUUUGCUGACCCGAAUGGACAAGAUCAUCACUUGCGCAGACGGCAAACUGGACAAGUUCAAAAUCAGAGGAAGACAUAAGGCGAUGGUGGCGUGUUAUCCAGGAAAUGGAGCAGGAUAUGUGAAACAUGUAGAUAACCCUAAUGCAGACGGCCGCUGCGUCACCUGUAUUUACUAUCUGAAUAAAAACUGGAAUGCGAAGGAGCAUGGCGGAUUGCUAAGGAUCUUUCCUGAAGGAAAACCUUACGUAGCCGACAUCGAGCCUUUAUUUGAUCGACUUUUGAUUUUCUGGUCAGAUCGUAGAAACCCUCAUGAAGUUCAGCCGUCGUAUGCUACAAGGUAUGCAAUCACUGUGUGGUACUUUGAUUCAGAGGAAAGAGCUGAAGCAAAACGAAAAUUCAGAGAUCUGCCAGCUAACUCACAGGAAGGUUCAUCAUCUUAACAGAAAUACACUGGCCUGUCUCCUCCGACAGGGUUUCUUUGUCUACUUAGCUUUUUUUCCCCUCUAUUUUUACAUUGCUUGUUGCACUAAUGGUACCCUCUCCCCCCACUUUGUAUUUGUGAUUUACUAUGUUUGAAUACGUUUCUUAAAAUAAGUGAAGAGUCGUUUGAGUAACCCGCUGCUAAUGUAAAGACAAUUUUGUAAAAAAUGUUGAGAAUCUUAAUACUGAUAACGGAUUAUUAGAUGUUUAUUAUAAAAAAAUUGUUCUUAAAAAAAAAAAUAAAGAAAAAACUUUUCAGAGCUAUAUUGUCUAGAUGUGUAAAAAGACUAGAAUAGAAGCAUAUAUAAAUAAAACACUAUUUUUUUUUCUCAAAUAUGUCAACAAGCAUUAUGAAUAUUUUCUUUUAUAUGCACGUUUUUGCUGUUUUGUAUGUUUUGGCACAUAUUUUAUCAUUCUUUGUUUAAUGAACACUUCAUUAGAAAGGAAAUUUGAAACUUGUCAGUGGACUUGAAGUUGUGUGUGUGUGUAUAUAUAUAUAUAUAUACAGAGGUUUUAUUAUUUUUGAACGACUCUUUCAUAUAGAGAUGUUUAUAAAAGUCAUUCUGUACUGUGUUCACAAACCUUUAAAAAGCACUUGGUCGGAUGAUAUUGCUUUAUUUGUUCAGUCCUUGCGUGGGUUAGUGUUUGAUGAGAGACCUGAAUCAGCUUGCAUGCAGGUCAGCAAAGCUGCUCAACCACACCCUCGCAUCAAUAUCAUUUGACAGCUGUUUCAUAACAUUUUGAGUUUCGUAAAAUGUUUCUUUAACAAAAGUUGUUCUAGAGAAAAAUACUGAAACAUGUUAACAGGUUGGUUUAUGUACUGUACACAAAUCGAGAUUUACAACUAUUUGAAAUGGCCAAAUUAAACAACGUGUUAAAAUGUUUUCAGUUGUCCCAUUGUUUAUAUUACUUUUUUUUUCUUCAGUAAUAAAUGUCUCCUUUGGCCAUAAUAUACCA